AUCACCGCCACAACAUCAGCACCUCCACGUCGGUGGCCCACCCUCUCGCCUCUCUUCAGUGAUGCACGCCACUGUACGCGCAUGGGCGUAGAAUCUGCCGCUGUGCGCUGCUGCUACCAUUCUAGGACUCAAUUCCCCUUUUUCUUUUCUUUUCUUUUUCUUUUUUUUUUUAAAACGAAAAUGGCGUCCAGUCAAGGAGGUGUUGGAGCUGUCACGGCGCUUCAGAACCAUCACCACUACCCGAGCGGACCUCAAUGGAGCCCGGGGAACAGCCCGCACCAGCAGCAGUACCACCACCACCAGCAGCAGCAACAGCAACAACAGCAGCAGCAGCACCACACGGCCCGUAGCCUGGAGCGAGCUCUGGAGGAUGCCGUGUGCUCCGGGAUCCUCAACCUAAGCGGGCGGAAACUGAGGGAGUACCCCGGGGUUAGCUACGAUCUCACCGAUACAACACAAGCAGAUUUAUCUAAGAAUCGUCUCUCUGAAGUACCCCCAGAAGUUUGUCUCUUUGCCCCAUUGGAGUCCCUUAACCUCUACCACAACUGCAUCAAAUGCAUACCAGAAGCCAUCAUCAACUUGCAGAUACUGACGUAUCUUGACAUCAGUCGAAAUCAAAUUGCUGUUUUGCCAAAACACUUGUUCAACCUUCCACUCAAAGUUCUGCUUGUCAGCAACAACAAGCUAGUGUCCAUUCCUGAAGAAAUUGGCAAAGCCAAAGAACUGAUGGAGCUAGACGUGAGCUGUAAUGAAAUCCAGGCGCUGCCAGCCCAGGUUGGGCGUCUCCAUGCCUUACGAGAACUCAACAUCAGGAAGAACUGCCUACAGAUUCUUCCGGAAGAGUUGGCUGAUCUGCCUCUGAUUCGACUUGACUUUUCCUGCAAUAAAAUCACUGAGAUUCCAGCAGCCUACAGGAAACUCAGGCAACUGCAGCAUAUCAUCCUCGAUAACAAUCCUAUGCAGUCUCCUUCAGCUCAGAUCUGCCUGAAGGGAAAAGUGCACAUUUUCAAGCAUUUGAACAUGCAAGCAUGCAAGUCGGACAAAAAGCCAGACAACCUUGACCUCCCUUCCUUUGGCAAACGCUGUCUUCCACAGCCACUCACAGAUAGCAUGGAAGAUUUUUAUCCUACUAAAAACCACGGGCCUGACUCUGGAAUUGGGAGUGACAAUGGCGACAAGAGGCUGUCGACAACAGAGUGCAAGCAGGCUGACCAAGCAUCUCUUUGCCUCACGCAGCCUUCAGACGACGACACGGUCAGCCUCCACUCUCAGGUGUCUGAGACGGCCCGCGCCGAUGCCCUCACAGUCCUUUCCAAAAUGGACUCUUGCAAAGAUCAGGAUCUGUAUGACUUUAUAGAACCCAACCCGGAUGAGGAUCCUGCUCUGUCAGAGUGUGACGGACAGCAGAACUGUCAUGUGUCAUGUAUUAAGGAACUGGAAAAGGUUCUUAACUUGUCUCAUCAAAGCAAAGACAAGGAGAGCUGGAAAGAGGAAUCAGGCUCCGACAAGGAGCAGCUACUGGAAGAAGAAGAUGACGAGCUAAAGGAGGUGCUGGAUCUGAGGAAGAUUGCCGUCCAGCUUUUGCAGCAAGAGCAGCAGAACAGACGACGGUCCUUAAUUUGCAGAGCGGAAAGUCUUAUCCAUCGACGCAGAGUGACUGGUCGAGCUCACAGAUUCCUAAGUCACUCUGGCAGCUCCAGCAACAAAGCCAGGCCUCUUCCUCAGGCUCGAAGCGCUUCUUUGGAUGAAGGAAGCAGCGGAGCGUCGAUGUUAUGCGAACAGCCUCCAUCAUCCUGCUCCUUUGAUGGUAGCCUGAAGUCAGAUCAGUCAGAUUCAGAGUCCAAAUGGCCAGACGUCCCGCCUGUUCUCAAUCAAAACGAAGAUCGCAAGAGGAAUAAAUAUCUGAGAAAAGAUUAUCUCAAGUACAAGUGCCAGAGUGCCCGGAAAAACUGCAGCGGCAAUGAUGACUGUGAGGAGAGUCUGCGCAACUCUGAUUUCAGCACCGCACUCACUGUGUUUGGACUCAAGCCAAGAUCAGCCUUCACCAGAGGAAGUCAUCAGGAGUUCACCUCAACAGAGCCCAGCUUCACUAUGAGGAGAAAGAUGGAGCAUUUAAGAGAAGAAAUUGAGCAAAUAGGAAUACUACGACAGAACAUUGAGUCCAAACUGAAGGUGUUGCUUCCAGAUGAUGUCGGAGCUGCUCUAAUGGACGGCGUGGUCCUUUGUCAUUUAGCCAAUCACAUUUGUCCUCGCUCUGUGGCCAGCAUUCACGUACCCUCACCUGCAGUGCCAAAGCUCAGCAUGGCUAAAUGCCGUCGAAAUGUGGAAAACUUCCUGGACGCGUGUAAGAAAAUAGGAGUUCCACAGGACAAGUUGUGUCUGCCGCAUCACAUCCUGGAAGAACGUGGCUUGGUGAAGGUGAGCGUGACCGUGCAAGCGCUGCUGGAUCUACCCGCCAUGAAGCCUACCCAGCUAGCAGAUGCUUGACGCAAAUCUGUCCUGCGCCAACCAACUCCCACCUCACCCGGGACCAGAAACCUCCUCUUCCCACCCUUAUCAGAAGGCGAACACCCGGUGGCUUUUCUUGUGCCUGAUUGAAAAAAUAGACAAGGAGGUGAACAUCCUCCUCUCUAUGUGAAUGAUGUCAGGCACUUCCUGUUCAUCUAAGCUUUGACUUGUAUCCUGGUUCCAGCACAGGAACUGUUUGGAAACGACAGUAGCUCCAAAGGAAGUCCUGCUGAUCCCUCUUUCGAUGCUCAGUAUUUUUUGAGCCAUCUACAAGUGCCGGUUGUGACAUGUAACUCAUUCAACGACCCCUUCCAUGUAUUUAUAUUCAGUUUUUAGUCCAUACAGCUAAGUUAUCUGCCAGAUUGAGCACUCUACUGUUACAAAACUUUGCCUUUCAGAUUGCAUGAUGACUACGUUUGUUGUUCAAGUCAUGCCAUAGCAAACCUUCUGUAAACUGGUGUACAAAUCCUCUGCGGUUCAUCUAUAUGACCACUGUGAUGACAUGAAGCCUACUGUGGUUUCAGAGAAUUGCGUUCAUUUUUAAUUUAAAGGCAUGGAUUUUUAAACUUUCUACUUUUUUUAAUAUACAGAACAACUUUUUAUUUUUGCAUCGAUGAAGCAUCCAAACAAGCUGAAGCAACUUCCACAAAGCACAAUGUGCGCGCAUCAUCUCAUAUGCUCAAUCGAGUCAGGGAAAGGAAAAAUAAUUUAUGCAUUUAUUGGUGUUUUCAGAUUUAUAGGAUGCAGUCAUGAAGGAGUGAUCGUAUCCUCAACCUCAUUUGCACCGGAGUGAGUUGACUUUACCUACAAUCAUGUGAAAAAAUUAGGACAGCCUAUUAAAUAUUCAGUUCUUUAUUAAGAAAUGUUCACAUAAUAAUGUCUGAUUUUGUUUUUCUUUAUCUCAUAAAAAUAAAGUGAUUUAAUAGCAGGUACACAACAAAAAUUAAAAUUGUUUUACUCAUUAAACCAAAUUUAUCAACAAAAAUGCAUAUUCUAACUGAGGAAAAAGUUAGGACACCCGACCACCUAAGAGCUAGUGUUACCCCCUUUGGCUGAAAUAACUUCAGUGAGACGCUUUUUGUAGCUAUCUACCAGUCUUUGACAUCUGUCUGAAGAAAAUUUGCCCUACUCCCAGGCAGGGCCGGCCCAGGCCAUUUGGGGGCCCUAAGCAAAAUAAUGCAAAGGGGCCCAUAUUUUUGGCCCACCAUUUCGUCACAGUGUACUGUGAAACCCAUACGUCCAUAUUUUGUAUAUUAAUCAGAUUUUGUUGCACUGCAUACUUCAAACUUCUCACCCCAAAUGAUUGUCAGUACUUACAGUAGAUAGCGGCAAACCUUAUUCUAAAAGAGGAAAGAAAGAAGUUAAGGAAGAACUUUUAUUUUUUUAAGCUUGUAAUCAAGUAUCGAAACUCAUAAAAAUCAAAUAAAGCAAGCUGUAGUAAACAAAAUAGAAUAUAAAUUAAACAAAAUAGAAUAUAAAUUAAACAAUUACCAGAUUGGGGGCCCCUUAGUGGUCUUGCCGGAACUCCCCAACGUGAAGGUCGGCACGGGGCCAGAAAUGUU